UUUCUCUCUCUUCUCUCUCUCUCCUCCGUCGUUGUCUUCUUUCUUUCUCUCUCUUCAAUCAUCUCUCCCUUUCUUCUCUGUCCUCCCUCUUUCUUCCUCUAUAAGCUUUACUGGGGAAUUGGAGUGGGAUUCUUGGGAUCCGAUUCAGAAUCGAAGUCUAGGGUUCCAAUUACGACUUCUGGCACGUGUGGUGUUAUUGAUGCAGUAAGAUACUAAGAUGUAUGGCAAUGGAUCUGUGAGCUAUUAGCAGUUCUUCAACAACCUCACCAAUGAAGAUUGGAAGCAAUGCAUGGGGUAUUCCAACUGGAUCUAGUGCUCAUCACGGAUCAACUGAUACUAGUCUCUUCUCAAGCUCACUACCGGUUCUUCCACAUGAGAAAUUGAAAUUGGUGGAUGUAGAUGGAGUACAAUCUGUCGAUGAUUCCUCAUCUGAACUCGAUAAGCUUAAAGAUGCUAUGGAUGAGCUUGAUCUCCAAGAGAUUGGGAGCUUGUUGCCUGAUGAUGAGGAAGAGCUUUUAGCUGGGAUUAUGGAUGAUUUUGACCUUAGUGGGUUGCCAAGCCAAGUAGAGGAAUUGGAAGAUUAUGACAUUUUUGAUAGUGGAGGAGGUAUGGAAUUGGAAUCUGAUCCUAUUGAGAACCUCACUCUUGGUAUGACAAAAACAAGUAUCAAUGAUGGAUACAUUGGGAACAGCAUUAACAACUAUGGCCUCCCAAAUGGUGUUGGGGCUAUUGCUGGCGAACAUCCAUAUGGAGAGCAUCCUUCUAGGACAUUAUUCGUCAGAAAUAUUAAUAGUAAUGUUGAAGACUCAGAAUUACGUACUCUCUUUGAGCAAUAUGGGGACAUUCGCACUUUGUACACUGCCUGCAAACAUAGAGGUUUUGUAAUGAUUUCUUACUAUGACAUCCGAUCUGCUAGAACUGCUAUGCGUGCAUUACAAAAUAAGCCUCUUCGGCGAAGGAAACUGGACAUUCAUUUCUCAAUUCCGAAGGAUAAUCCAUCAGAUAAGGAUAUGAACCAGGGAACCCUUGUAGUUUUUAACUUGGAUCCAUCAGUCUCAAAUGAUGACCUUCUUAAGCUGUUUGGUACGUAUGGUCAAGUGAAGGAGAUAAGAGAGACACCACACAAGAGACACCAUAAGUUUAUUGAAUAUUAUGAUGUCAGAGAUGCAGAAGCAGCCCUUCGCUCAUUGAACAGGGCAGACAUAGCUGGCAAGCGUAUAAAGCUGGAACCUAGCCGACCUGGUGGAGCUCGUAGAACUGCUAUGCAACAGUUGACUCAAGAGAUAGAUCAUGACGAAACCAGAAGUUAUAGGCAUCCAGUUGGUUCACCGUUAACUAGUUCUCCUCCAGGUGUGUGGGCACAAUUUGGCAGUCCGAGUGAAAAUAGUCCUCUGCAAUCUAUUAGCAGGUCCCCAAUUUCUGGAGUUAAUGGUCAUCUAGGUGGCAUCAAUGGAUUGGCUUCUGUACUUCCACCAUUUAUAUCUAACACUGCAAAAAUUUCACCAAUUGGAAAAGAUCAGAGACGAAUCAAUCACACUGACCCAGUGUUUUCCAACAGCAGUUCAUCCCAAGGAGCUAUCAUUCAGCAGCCUCACUCGUUUCCAGAUAAUAGCAGUGGGAUUUUACCAAACAUGAGUUCGAGCCCUAGAAAUCUAUCUUCUUUUUGUCCCUCAACUUCUAAUGCAUCUGCAGUUGGAACUUUGAGUGGGAGCCAGUUUCUGUGGGGAAGUCCUACAUCCAUUGGACAUUCAUUAACAUCUAACAGUAAUGGGAAAGGGCAUGGAAUUCCUUAUACAAACCGUCAUGCUGCUUUCCUGGCUUCAUCCCAAAGUCAUCGUCAUUCUCAUCAUGUUGGGUCUGCUCCAUCUGGUAUUCCUUUCGAGAGGCCUUUAGGUUAUUUCCCUGAAUCACCGGAUACAUCUUUUAUGAACUCAGUUGCCUUUGGAGGUACCGGGACAAGCCGAAAUGAGGGAAGUUUGAUGAUGAAUUAUGCUCGCUCUCCAAUGAAUUCUGUUGCUUUGCUUUCAGGACACAUCUCUGAUAAUGGUUCGCCAAAUUUCAGAAUGUUGCCAUCACAGAGAAUGGGGCCUAGCUUUUUUGGGAAUGCACCAUAUUCUGGCUUUGGGACCAUUGGGUAUGAGGGUCUAACUGAGCGUACUCGUAGUCGUCGAGUUGAUAACAAUGGGAGUCAACUUGAUAGCAAGAAGCAAUAUCAGCUUGAUUUGGAAAAGAUUGCCAGCGGGGAAGAUACGAGAACAACUUUGAUGAUAAAAAACAUUCCAAAUAAGUACACUUCGAAGAUGCUGCUAGCAGCUAUUGAUGAGACUCACAAGGGUACUUACGAUUUUCUGUACCUGCCAAUAGAUUUUAAGAAUAAAUGCAAUGUCGGUUAUGCAUUCAUAAACAUGGUGUCUUCUUCACACAUUGUCUCGUUCUAUCAGACUUUCAAUGGGAAGAAGUGGGAGAAGUUUAACAGUGAGAAAGUUGCAUCGUUGGCAUAUGCACGUAUCCAGGGCACGGCGGCUCUUGUUACUCAUUUCCAGAAUUCAAGCUUGAUGAAUGAGGACAAACGGUGCCGCCCUAUUUUGUUUAAUUCUCAAGGAUCUGCAGCUGAUGAUCAGGAACCAUUCACAUCAAAUGUUAUGGAGGUUCGCGGGUUCGAUCAAGAUGCCACCAUGCUGGGUGAUUCAUCGGAAAGCCCAUCAAAGAAGAGUCAGAGCGAGAAUCCUGGUGGAAUUAUAGAAAUUUGACAAGAGGAAACCAGGUGGCAGGGUGUGCUAACUAUUAUAAUGGUUUAAUCAUGUACAAAACAUCUUUCUUUUUUGAGAUUUUGGGAACAUGCAGCUGCAAUUGUACAAAAGGGUGUGCGUGUG